UAGUAUAGUAGGUAUAGAUGGAAACAUCCGCAGCAAGAAGUCAUCGUCGGGAGAAUAUAUGAAAAAUAAAUUCGCGACUCGCAGUCCCGCUCAGUACGAGACUUUACGUCGCUCGGCUCGGAUGUGUUCUCUGCUUCUUAAUACGCGACUGUUCAAAUCUUCGGUCGGCUCUCGUGUUUUCGUGACUGUACUAGCAGACACUAAGAUAUUGACGUGUUCAAGAAUCACCAGCUGACGGAACGGACUCCUGCUCGUAACCGGCCGGUCGGAACCUGUGUGACUCCUCAGCAUCAGGUUACACACAGCAAAACAACAUAAAACUGCGCGCUGAAGUCGAUCCGCUUUCGUAGAUGUAGGAGAACACGGCGAGAGCUGCCGUGUCGUUCAGCACGACUUGAGUGAGCUUGCGGGGAGAGGUCUACACCGGCAAACGGGGCGUUGUAGUGAAGAGAGGAGCCGUAAAAUUUAAUAACAAUUUCGCGUUUUUUUUGUUGUUGUUGCUGUUUGCUGGUGCCUUCAAGCUUUGAUGAAGUGAGAAUAAAAGUGAAUUUUUACGUUUUCCGAGUUGGAGUUCUCCCUUUCGAUUGGAAUACCGGGCCAGGGAAGAAGUGGCUGGCAAAGUGCUGCUGUACGUUGAAGAAGGUUUCAGAACUAACAAGAACCGGGAAGAAGUAGCGAAGAAGCUACAGCAGUAAUUACUAUUACACACAUUUGCGGGAGAGUGGAGAUCAAGGCGGGAUGAUGAUCGGGAGGAGCUAGAAGAAGUUCGGUUUCUGUGUCAGACUCGCUCAGGUGUGGUGUGUGGUCUGUGAAGGAAGUGAGGAGGAUCGCCGGGAGUUGUGUGGUAUUACAUAAGGAAGACUGGUCUUCAGUGAGGAGGAGAAGGAAUAGGAGAAGUGGUGCAAAAAAGCAAGGCAAAGCUGGAGGAAGUGGUUGGAGAAGAUUGGAGUGGCGAAUUAUCUAACAAUGAUGGAUACCUGGAUGCAAGAAGUGGUGUCCAUGAUGGCAGGCGAUGGAACGCCCGCACGGAUCAAACAGGAACUAAUCGAGACCUCCUGCUGCAGCCCGUCGCCGUCCUCCCAGAACAACCUCCUGUACGGUGGAUCACAGGGCAACACAAAGAUGGAGUACAAAUGCACCAGCGCAAACGACAUCAGUGGUGGCGGUGGCGGCCACGGUGGCCUCACGGAACUGCACACCGGCCCGGCGACAAGCAACGGCACCAUCAGUGGAGGCAGCGGAGGAGGACCACACUCGCCCGGAUCGCCGGAUCGACAGUUUUGCAGCUCGACCACGUCGGCGAUUGGUGACUUUGGCAGCGACAGCACCAACCAGGACGCCAUCAAGGAGGAGAUUCCGCGCCGGCUGUGCCUGGUGUGUGGGGACGUGGCCAGCGGCUUUCACUACGGAGUGGCCAGCUGUGAGGCGUGCAAAGCAUUUUUCAAACGGACCAUUCAGGGUAAUAUCGAGUACACCUGCCCGGCGAGCAACGACUGCGAGAUCAACAAGCGGCGGCGGAAAGCCUGUCAGGCCUGUCGGUUCCGCAAGUGUCUGCUCAUGGGCAUGCUUAAGGAGGGCGUCCGGCUGGACCGGGUACGGGGCGGCCGCCAGAAGUAUCGCCGCAAUCCGUGCACGAAUCCGUACCAGCUGCAGCUGACGCAGUCCAACUCGCAGUACACGGCCCAAUCGCUGGAGGACAUCAAAAUACUGGAAGUAUUAUCGUCGUUUGAGCCGGAUCCGCUGACGAUCGGGCACGGGUUCGACCUGAUGAACGGUGGCGGAAGUGACCACGACGGCGACAAGCAGACCAACUCCGACUCGUCGGCGACGUCCUCGUCCCGGGCGACGAUGGCCAUGGGUGCGGACGCGCAGGAAAUGCUCAGCGUGCUCAGCGACAUCUACGACAAGGAGCUGGUCGGCGUGAUCGGCUGGGCCAAACAGAUCCCGGGGUUCACCGACCUGCCCCUGAACGACCAGAUGCGGCUGCUGCAGGUCAGUUGGGCCGAGCUGUUGACGCUGAUGUUGGCCCACCGCUCGAUACCCUUCUCCGGGCGGUUGUACUUUGCGACGGACUUUUGGCUCGACGAGCGGUCCGCGAAGGAGUGCGGCGCGCUGGAUCUGUACAAUCACUUGGCCCAGAUCACGCAACGGCUGGAGAAGGUCUCCGCCACCAAGGAGGAGUACUACCUGCUGAAGGCGCUCUCCCUGUCCAACUGUGAUAUCCGGCUGGAUAACUACGGCGCGCUCAAGAAGAUCCGCGACAGCAUCCUGUACGCGCUCAACGACUGCGUGCUGCUGAUCAGGCACAACCAGGCCGUGUCUCACCAGCAGCAGCUGCUGCUUCUGCUGCCAUCGCUCCGCCAGGCCGACUACAUCAUCCGGAAGUUCUGGACGAACGUGCACAUCGAGGGCAACGUCACCAUGAACAAACUGUUUGUCGAGAUGCUCGAGUCGGUUUCGCGAUAAGUUUGUUGCUACCCAGUGUUUUUAGUCGUCACAUUUUUUAAAGUUAGAUUUUUUUUAAACAUAUUCGUGGUGAUCUCGACCAUUAAUCUUUCACCAGUGGCGCUCACGCAGCAAUUCGAAAAACUUUGUAAUAUAAAUCAUCGUUAUGUUUCAGUUUUUCCCUUCUCUAAAUUUAAUACUAGGCACUAAGUGAAAAUGUGUUUUAGCCUCAUUCUACAUUUGUUAUGUAGUGGAAUUAUUUCAGUUCUAAUCUUAAUUUUGCUAGGAAAAAAAAAACAUUUUAUUUGUAGAAACCCAAAUAAAGUCUCAACUAUCUCAAAUAAAUUUUCUUAUUUUCGAUGGUUCUCUAAGAACUUGCAACGUUUUAAAAGCAGAUUUCUUGUUGUCAUUCUCUAGGGAAAGCAUGGUUACCUUUCGUUUUGCAAGGUUCGGUUCAAGCCUCGGAAAACGAAAUCAUAUUACUAUGUAAGCGCUAACACAAAGUCAAAUUACACUAAAUAUAAGUUUCACUAAGAUAAGUUUCAUCAAGAGUGUGUGCGAGAGAGUGAAAGCUGUGUGAUUUGAGACUUCAAGUUUGAAUGCAAUCGUCGGCACAUGAUCGUUGGAUCAAACCAUUUAAAAAUCAGGGACUCGAUAGGUAGGAAUGGUACAAGAAUGCAGUUUUCGGGAAGUGUUGUUCAAGCUGUUUGUUCAAAUUUUCAUUCAUUUCGCGCGCUCGCGGAUGAGAUCGAACGUCGUCCAGCGAAAAUCAUACAUUUCAUUUGUUAGAUGUUAGAUGCAACUACUUAAGGCGUUAGGCGGUUAGAACAAACAAAUGCAAUAUCACAAAAAUCGUGACUUUCGCUUUAAUACGGUAGGAAUCUCUAGGAUACAGUCAGAAUAAAAAAAAAAACAAAACUGAAACAAAGUUCGAAUUCCAAACGUCGACUCGAUAAAACUCACACACUGAAGUAAAAAACAGUACAACUCUUUUAAAAUGCAAGAGGAGAAAUAUAUAUUUUUCACUGAAAAAAGCACGCUAAAAUUUAACCAAUCAGUUUGUUACUAACCUAAAAUAAAGCACACACCCUCACAAAAAAAAACAAAUUUCACUCACACACACAAACAAACCUUAUCCAUUAGGCGUUACAACUGUAAUAGUCAACACGUGCGCGUUGUGUAUUUACUAGAAUUUAGAGUCAAACCCCAGAGAAACCAAUAGGCGAUAAGAAAAAGCGGGAAAAAUACCAGUGAGGAAUAUUAAGUAAAACAAAAAAAAAAAAUAGAGAACAGACUAAUAUAAAGUUAGUUUAUUAAACUGAACGACAAACCUCAUACCAGUAGUGUGGUAUUGAAGGAUAUCUUAUACAAAUAGGACACGCAAAAAAAACUCUUCUGGGAGGAUGGAUGAAUAAAACUGUUAAUCCUUACGAGA